UGGAAGCAAAAGCAGCAACGACCACAUCAAUGGCUGCUUCAGUACUUGGAAAGCGUUCUCGAAGAGUUCUAGACGAGGAAGAUAUCUCAUCUCUUUCUCCUAUCCCAAAGAGACGGACGCGUCGUUCUGCUCCUCAGAUAUAUGAAGACACCGAUGGACAGGAACAGUCGGGGGAACAGUGUUCCCCAAGCAGGCAUCAGAGCCCUGUUCAAACUCGUUCUGUCAGACCUCGUAUUGAAAAACCAAGACGUACCGAACAAAACAUCUCCGAAGAUAGCAAGACCACCGCAAACGAGUUCCAAGAUGAAAACAUUAUACCUGCGGCUGUCUCGACACCGACGACCACACGCUUCAAAAAUGCUCUUGCGACGCCUCCGUGUACACCAAAGCAUCGCGUACGACUUGGAGGUCGGUUACUUACACCUCGAUCAGCACGCACUUCUACGCCAUCAAGACAGAACGUUUAUUCGCUGGCGAGACAACUAUUCACCCAAGCGUCGAAUGGAAAAGUCAUUGGACGGGAACCAGAGCGACAACGACUGACAGACUUCAUAUCCAAGGCCAUUAGGACUGAGAAGGGUGGCUGCACUUAUGUGAGCGGACCUCCAGGAACUGGCAAGAGUGCCUUGAUCCAGGAGAUCAUGCAAGAAUUCCAGGGAAAACACCUUAAAGUCGCAACCAUCAACUGUGUUGCUUUCAAAUCUUCGAACGAGGUCCUUACCAGCUUUGCCCAAGAGUUUGGCUGUGGUGGUGGCAAUCAAAAAGCAACGAAAGCCAGCCUCUCAAAGCUAUUCACCGCGCGAAAGCGAAGCUCCGAGAUGCAUCUGGUAUUACUGGACGAAAUCGACACCCUUCUCAGUGGGGAAUGCGAGGUGCUAUACAAUAUUUUCGAGUGGGCGAUGCAUCCAUCUUCCUCCCUCGUUCUGAUCGGCAUCGCUAAUGCCCUUGAUUUAACUGAUCGGUUUCUUCCUCGGCUGAAGAUGAAGAACCUAAAGCCGGAGCUUCUUCCAUUCCUUCCAUACAAUGCCCAGCAAAUUUCGAAAAUCAUCUCCGAGAAGCUGCGAACACUACUACCUGCUGAGAGCUCAGCAUCUCCCGACUUCGUUCCUUUGAUCCACCCGGCAGCGGUGCAGCUCAGUAGCAAAAGGAUCGCAUCUCAGACAGGAGACCUCAGGAAAGCAUUCAGUCUGGUUCGCCGUGUGAUUGAUAAGAUCGAGCAGGAAACAAUCGCCAAAAUGAGCUCAAACCAGACAACUCCAACGAAACAGCCGCUUGGGGAGGUGAAAAACCUGCAGACUACGAUUGAGAGCCGGUCUGUUCUGUCUCAGUUGACAAUGGAAAGUGCACCUCGAGCCAGUCCGGCGCAUGUUGCAGCAAUCGCCUCCAGCAUAUUCAACAAUGCCACUGUGUCCCGACUGAGUGGACUGAAUCUUCAACAGAGAGCUGUACUGUGUUCUCUGGUAGCAUCAGAAAGUCGACAGAGACAUUGUGAUCCAUACACAACACCUUCAAAGUCACAGUCGCGGAUCCCUACCAUCAAAGCCCUUUUCGAAAAAUACACGGCGUUAUGCAAACGUGACGGAACACUGGUACCAUUGAAGGUGACUGAGUUCCGAGACGUUGUGGCCAGUCUGGAGACCCUCGGUCUGGUACAUGAAUCCGCAGGACGAACGUCCAGCCUUCUGACACCGACCAAGACACCAUCAAGGAGCGGGAGAGCAUUGGACGACAAGCAAGUCAUAAGCGCAGUUUCUGAGAAGGAGAUGAGGGAUAGCUUGAAUGGACCUGGCGCCGACCUAUUGUUGAAAUUAUUUGAGGAGUACUAGAUAGACUAAUGAAUGAAGGGCUGUUUUUGAAUGUUUGGGGUUUUGGCAUAAGCGAGGACUUCAGCAUGUGGGUGUACCUGGUCUGAUCUCACCUUGGUGGCACAAUGACACAGCGGCAGCGGACAAAACAUUCGUUUGAGAGAAGAUAUAGAUGGACACUAGAGUAGAGAAGACGGUUGGAC